AUGUCUCAACCAAGAACCAUUUCCCCAACUCUCCGAUUAGGUGUUACCUUCUCAGCACAAGUACAAGAUGGCAUCAUCCUCUCACUCUCUUCCGAAGGUGAUUUUCUUUGGGGACGCAAAGGUAGAUAUCCCGUGAGUUAUUUCCUUAUGGAAGCAGCUGUGGUGAACAAUAUGGUUGGAAAGCCUUUCAUCGCUGCACUCACCUCGGUCUUAUCUUUGAUUAAUAAAUUAGUGGGAAGACAAAUGAAAUUCCGUGAUCUCCGGUCCGCCUUGUAUGAAAAGCUUUCCCAAGAAUUAGAAUUAGACAUCAAGGAGUAUAUGCAAUUAAGUUAUCCGAGUGAUUGGAUUCAAAAAGCAAUUGUUGAGGAAAUUGCUGUUCGGUAUAUGGAUAUUGUGGUGCACGGACCUUUGGCCUUCAUGCCAGGUGAGAAUGCUCCUGAAACAGUGAUCCAGCAACAAAAGCAAUCGCUUCAAUUUUUGGCUGCCAUGGAGAGAAAAUUGUCUAAUCAAUAA